AUGGACCAGUCAAACUUGAAGUUGAAGGUUUCUGCUGGUGCUUCCAAGGAUUGCACGAAGCUCACCCUCGUCUCCGUUAACGAUGACGACGACCCUACGAAGAUAUUAGGCCCUCAUUUUGACGGCGAGCUGGUCGUUAGGAUCAGAGACUUUACAGGAGUGGCUCCCAAUGGGAAGCAGCCGCAGGGAUUAUCCGACUACUUCAUGGGGACGCAAGAUACGUUCUCUUUGCAGUGGAAAGGUCGGUUCAAGGGUGAUUGGACCGCUGAUGACAUCGUGUUUGGGAAUGACUUUGACCAUCCCAUCAAAGAUAGUCUGCCAACGAGCACGUCCUUGGGUUUGAAAGCUUUGAGUUGGAUUGAUCCAACCUUGGAAACUGACUUGUACGGGAACAAACCUUGGGCGCUUUCUCCGCUAUUAUCAACGAUGAACAUUAUCAACGCUUCUCCCUGUGACGAAGCCGGUGGUGCAUUGCAUCGUAUUACCGAAGAUGCGUCCGCCUUGACUGGAGAACAACAAGAUGCUGCUGCACGUCGAACGUGGUUUGCAAACCAGGUGAAUAGGAAAAAGACAACGAUUCCUGAGGACAUGACCAUUCAAGGGGACUUUAGCAACCCCUUCGUGGAUUUCAAGUCGAUCAGCGCUCACUUACCUUAUGUCAACUUGAACAUCAGUAUUUUGCAAUAUUGGGAUGGUCAGCCGCUCCGUUAUGUAUGUCGAACGCGAAAUGAUCAGACGAUCUUCUUUGUUGUUCUCCUGGAACUGGUCGACGAUGAGGGUCAAAAUGUUGGACCGGAGGAGGUGAAGGAAGAUUGA